GCCGCCGCUCCGCCCAUGAGCGCCGCCGGAGGAGGAGGCGGGGGCGUCGCGGAGCCCGACCCCAGCCCCGCCGCCCCUGCGCCGCCGCCCCCCGCCGCCGCCGCCGCCGGAGACAGCGCCAAGAGCAGCCCGGGCGUGGCGCUGGCCGGCGCCGGGGCGGCGGGAGGAGCCGGUCCUGCCUCGGCCUCGUCGUCGUCGGCUGCCCCCGCGGCCCCCGGAGCGGCUCCCGCGGGCGAGGCUCCCCCGUCGGCGUCGUCGACGUCGUCCGUGCCUAACGGGAUCUUCGUGCCGCCCGGAGGGGCCGCCAACGGCGACGCCAAGCCCGCCGCCCUCGCCUCCCCGGCCGCGGCGGCCUCCAGCGCGCCGCUCGUCGACUUCCUCUUGCAGCUGGAGGACUACACGCCCACGAUCCCGGACGCCGUCACCGGCUACUACCUGAACCGCGCUGGCUUCGAGGCUUCAGACCCGCGCAUCAUUCGCUUGAUCUCGCUGGCGGCCCAGAAAUUCGUCUCUGACAUCGCCAACGACGCCUUGCAGCACUGCAAGAUGAAGGGGACGGCCUCCGGCAGCUCCCGCAACAAGAGCAAGGACAAGAAGUACACGCUGACCAUGGAGGAUCUGGCCCCUGCCCUUGCAGAGUAUGGCAUCAACGUCAAGAAGCCGCACUAUUUCACGUGACACGGCUGCCACAUGGCUCUCUGGGGCAAGGAGCCCCCCCCCCACCUGCAGUGCUCGCUGUGCUGCCAUUAAAACCUUCAUGUCUUGGG